AUGCCGGACUUCUUGCUGACCAGGAGUCACAUGUUCGACACCCAGGCUGUUGAGAUCGUGCCCUACUCCAGUGGCUGGGACGCUGAGGAGGUCAUCAUGGGGCCACUGCGGAACGGUUAUUGGGAGGGCCAGACGCAGGAUCUGAGAGCGAUGAUACGAGACUUUCUCAACUUUACUGAGUCCAUGUUGGAGAAUGAUCAACUGUUAGAGGACGCCAGGAAUCUCAAAGCAGAUCUCAUCAUCAUAGACAAUGUUCCGUUUAUGCGCAUGCUGGCUGUUCUAGCCUACAGACUGAACACAUCGUUUGCCUACGCCGGAUCAGCAUUCACUCCAUCUCUCGCCCGCCUCCCUAUCAGCGCGGCUGCCUAUCCUGUACCGGUCUCCACCUUCACAGAUCGAAUGACGUUUCCUCAGCGGUUGAUCAGCUAUCUUCUCUCGAUACCUUCUCGUUUCUUGUACAACUUCCAUCACAAAGACGCCGUUGCUAGAUACGCACCGGAAAUGCCUUAUCUGGACAUUCACGAACUGGAGCUGAAAGCGGAAGUGACCCUGGUGGAGCAGGAUCAUAUCCUGGACUACCCUCAGCCCACAUUGCCUAACGUGAUUCGUUUAGGAGGAACGGCUAUUUGUAAGGCCAAAGAACUCAAAGAGCCGUAUAAAUCUUUCGUUGAGUCCUCAGACCAAGACAUAGUUGUGGUGUCCUUUGGCAGUUAUGUCCUAAAUAUCCCAGAGGAAAUUUCUACCAAGAUGAUGAACGCUUUCUUACGUCUCAAACUCAAGAUUGUGUGGAGAGUAAACGUGACGUCUGCUGAUCCCCAACAAGUGAUGACGUCAUUGUGGAUCCCUCAGAACGACUUGCUGGGUCACGCCAAGGUCAAAGUGUUUGUGAGCCAUUGCGGGAAGAACGGCCAAUAUGAGUCACUGUAUCACGCCGUCCCCAUGCUGUGUCUGCCUCUGUUUACCGACCAACCUUACAAUGCCGAGAGAGCCAGGUACAGAGGCUUUGGCUUGACAGCUGAUGUCAAAACCAUCUCGGAAGACGAUCUACUUGCGCUAAUCAACGAACUGUUGGACAACGCAACCUACUCCAAAAACAUCCAGAGGGCGUCCCAAAUUUUCAAAGACAUUUACGGACUUCCCGUGGAACGGGCAGCUUUCUGGUUGGAUCAUGUGAUCAAAUAUGGCGGCAGUCACAUGCGCUAUGCAGGGCAGGACAUGCCAGGCUAUCAGUUUUACGAUCUGGAUGUUUUGGGAGUUUUGAUUUUGAGCGCUGUAUUUUUUAUUUCAUUUUGUGGCUGGUUCCUAUAUUGUUGCCUCCAGGUUCUAGUGCGACGACUGACAGGGAAUCGGGAAAACCCAAAACUAGAAUGACUGCAGUACAGGAAACAAGGAAACCGAAGCGUUGGAUUUGAUUUUGUUUGGGGUUUUUGUGUCGAUUUUAUGUGGAUUUUUUGUGCCCUACAAAGACACAGAUCGGUCAUUUUUUUAUUUUUCAUAGUGAAAUUGAGAGACUUUAUUUUUUUGCCAGACCAGACCCUCUUCCGACGGACGGAUAAAAGAAGGAAGCUGAACAAAUGGCACUGCAGUAAAUACAUAGAUACUAUGCCUGUCAAAUUUCAAGAUUGUAAAUCAUGUGAGAAUGGCAGCUGUCUCGGGGUUGAUUGGCGCAAGGACAAAACGAUUUCUUACCUUUGUCUUCUUCAACAGCCAUCCAAAUCGAAAUUAAACCAUAUCAUUUCGA